AUGGAGCAUCUAUUGAUAUUUCACUCUCGCUUGCGAUAUUAUCACUGCGGUAAAGUAAGCAGUGAAGUAGUGUUCGAAUUCAGCAGCACAACCCAAGACUUGGACAUCCUUGAAUGUGGUGCCCAGAUCAAUGAGUCCGAACCCUCAGAAGAAGACGACACCGAAGGCGGUGUCCGUACAUAUGAAGAAAUCUGUGAAUCGAAUGAAGAAAGAGAAUCUCGAAGGCGAAAAACGUACAGAUUGUUGGAGUUGGCUCUUCUCUCUGCUUCAAUCUCUCCGAUUUCGUGA